UGGUGUCUAGGCAAGAGAUAACAAUAAAUAAAACGAAAUAGGAAUAUAAAUAAAAAGCUUAAAGACAAACAAAUGAGCUCCCUCUUUCGCAGCCUCAACCAUUUUUCCACAAAACGUGAAAAUGUCAUUAAGGAGGCGCUGAUAAAUACACUGAACGAGAAUGCGAGAGAAAUUGAGUUUGAAGUUAAGCAAAAAGGACUUGAAGUCAUUGGACUGUGCGAACAGACGAGUGCUUUGUGCACCACUUUAGAGGCUUUGUUUCUGCACGGCUUGAAAGACUCGUUCCUGUGGGCCACCAUCAAUGUGAUAGCUGGAGAUGUGGAGCGACGACCGGAGCCGAGCUUUUGGUCACCGGCCAUGGUGUUCAUGCACAAGCAGGUGAUCGAGCAAAUCCAGCGGCUGAGCCAGAUAACCUCCGAGACGGGCCAGUGUCGGGCGUGGGUGCGACAGUCUCUCAACGAUUCCGUAUUCUCGUCGUAUUUAAAUAAUAUGCGCAAGAAUGGCUCAGCCCUGCGUCCGUACUAUAAGAAAGAUGCGCUGCUCAAGGACAGCGAGGGCCUGGAGACGGCAGCCAAGAUUAUGGAGAGUCUGGAGGCAUAUGUGACGUUCGAUUUGCCUGUGAACUCAAGCCUGCUCAAUCAAUGGCCCGACUAUGCGCUACAGCUAUCCGAUCUAUGGACACCGGCACUCAAAUCCUGUCCAAUAAGUAGCGGCGUUGAUGUGGCCAGCUCCUUGGCUACUGAAAUCGUGGCCAUUCCGACGCCACAGCCGCUGCACACGAACGAGCUCUUCUCGGAGUCCAUUUCGAACAGUCCAUUCAGUCGCGGAGGUCAGUUUGGGAAUGCGGAUCUCAACCAACACGAGAUGCUGGAUCUAUUUAUGCAAAAGGUUGACGAACUGGAUAUUAUAAACGAAGAGCAGACAAACAGUUCGGGAGAGACAAAGAAAGAUCAUGAAGAGUCCACUGAUGUCGAGCAAGCCGAGUCGAGUGGUGGAGGUGGUCCGCGGAUUCGAAAGCGUUCCAUGCGUCUCAUUGAAGAACCCUUCUCUGAGCUGCCGCAGGGCAGCAAUUCGCUGACAAAUCUCAUGCAAACCUCGUGGUCCGCCGAUCUGGAUGCCCAUUCGCCCACAGAAGAGACCGGAGCGCGCUUCUUUCAGCGCUCGGUUAGCAUGAGCAGCACGACCAGCCUGCGCACACCCACAGCGGAUCGCUGCAGCUACAAUGCGCUGCUACGCAAGCACGAGAGCAAUCGCGAAGAUGGCUCCGGCUGGUCGCAGAUCUGGGAGAAGUUUCGCGCUAAUCCCUCCACCCUGAACUUGGCGCAGCAGCAGACAUCGCAACGAGAACUUGAUUCGAAUGCAACAGAUGAUAUGAGUGAACUGCAAUCAAUCGAUACCAACUCGGAAUUUGAGCUGCUCAACUCGAAUUUCGAAAUGGGCGAGCUGCAGCAAAUGGUUGCUCAGCUCUGUCAGCUGCCACGCGAGCCCGGACUGAAUGCACAGGGCUUUCUGUGCAAGGGCUGCCAGCACCCGCUGGGCAUUGGCGACAACAAUUUCCAAGUGUGUGCCUUUAGUGGCAAUUACUAUUGCAACAUCUGCAUGGAGCCGGAGCCUCAACUCAUUCCAGCACGCAUCGUCUACAACUGGGACUUUCGCAAGUAUGCCGUCAGCAAGCGGGCAGCACUCUUUCUGGCCGAGUUUCGGGCACAGCCCUUCCUCGACAUGCAGCUACUCAAUCCGAGCAUUUACUAUGCCUCCGAUGCCAUGGCUGAGCUGCAGUCCCUGCGCAUUCGCUUGAACUUUAUACGUGCCUAUCUCUAUACCUGCGCGCCGAGCAGCCUGAAGCUGCUGCAAAACCAUUUCGCUGGCCGGGAGUAUCUCUACGAGCACAUACAUCAGUAUUCCAUAGCAGAUCUGGCAUUGAUACAGCGUGGCGCGCUUUGCCAGCAGCUGCAGAAGGCCUUUAAGAUGGGCGAGGCGCACGUCCUCAAGUGCCGGCUCUGCCAGCUGAAGGGCUUCAUCUGCGAAAUCUGCCAGAGUCCGCGUGUGCUCUAUCCCUUUCACAUUGCCACCACAUUUCGGUGCGUCACAUGUGGUGCUGUAUUCCAUGCCGAAUGCCUGAACGAGCAUCAGCCGUGCCCCAAGUGCGAACGUCGACGUCUACGCGAGGAUCAGCCGCUGCAGGAGGCUGUCGAAGAUCUAAAGCUCAAGCAUAGCUCAGGCGCAGCUUAGAUUGCCAUUUAGUUUAUAGCCAACAAAGUGCGAUUGUUCAUUGUUUACGGAAUUUAAUUCUAUUUUGUAUUUACACUAUGUCUAAGCUUGUUAUAGUUCGGUUGGCUAAUCAGCAGAUGCUUUUAGCCAAUUCAUGUUAUUCUCACUAUUUUGUAAAUAACCGCUUGCAGCUAAUAUAUACUCCAGAAAACAAACUGCAUUUAAAAAUGAAAUUCAUGUUGAAAUUAACAUAU